AAAUUUUCCUGCCGGAGAGGGGGGGGGGGGCCGAAUCUCUAGCACGACAGACCGAUUCGCUGCCUACCGUGUCAUGCUCGCGUUCAAUUCUACCACAUAAUAUACAUAAUAUAUUGUGAUAUUGUCGAUUAUUCAACUUGAUCAUGGGUUGCGACGGUGGAACCAUUCCUCGCAGAGAUGAGCUUGUAAAAACGAAAAAAAAGCCAGAACAAAAGGACAAACAAGCAGAAUUGGCUUUCAAAUGGAAGCACUGUGCGAUACGACAAUUACCAUUGCAACCACCGGUUGUAGGUUGCAGCCUGGGACGUCUAUAUACCAAAGAAUCUGUAUUGGAAGGUCUUUUGGAUCGCAAUACGCUUCCUGACUCAGCUGUGCAUAUUAAGAAUCUGAAAGAUGUCAGAAAUCUUAAUCUGACACCGAAUCCAGCAUUCAAUGGUGAUAGAGCUGAAAAAGGCGAUGGUUACACAGAUAGAGUUGCAAUGAGCAGUCCAUACAUCUGUCCAGUUAUUGGCCUAGAGAUGAAUGGAAAAUACAAGUUCUGCUUUUUAUGGUCAUGUGGCUGUGUUAUGAGCGAACGGGCUCUGAAAGAAGUAAAAAGUUGGUCAUGUCACAAGUGCCAGCAACCAUAUGAGGAUGUGGACAUAGUUGUAUUAAAUGCAGAGGGCGAUGAUCUGGAACUCAUGAAGGAACGUGCGGUACUUAGGAGAAUUACUCAAAAGAAGUCAAAGAAGAGGAAAUCUAGCGACGUCUGUAUGACAACAGGAGGAGAGGGAAAGAGCAGUGAGGGAGACGAUCGGCUAUCUGCAUCAAGAAAGAAGAUCAAAAAGGAAGACAAAGUAGUUCCCAACCUGAUGAACAACCCAAGCGACGAUCCUGCUUACAAGAAAGCUAAAAGUGAUUACAGUAUCGCAAAGGAUCCUAGAGCGUCGGAGGUUUUCAAAAGCAUCUUCACUUCUCAUAAAUCUGCCGUAGAACAAGAUAGAGCGCACUGGGUUACAUAUAACCCGUUUUAUAAUUGAUGUAUAUAUGAAAUACGAGUAUAGUUUGAUACGAGUUAAAAUUAGAUUGCCAAAUGUUGACGUUCUCUCUAAUUAUUUUGAAAGCCAGAUAUUAAUUGAUUUUCGCGACUCGGACAAGCUCCGAUAAGAAAUCCGAUCAAUUUUAUUAUUCUCUCAAUGAAUGUGCAUGAUUAGGUGAAUAAUAAACGAAUGUUUAUCAAAAUA